GGUGGGAGUCCUCUGCAUGGUUUUAGCUCGCUGGGUCCUGCUCCCCGGACUCAGUAUGUUUGCCCGGAGCUUUGUAGCUUAAUUACCAGCCCCUGGAGCUCAGAAGAGAGGAUCACAAGAGACCAAAACUGGAAGCAGGAAGGAAGUUAGAGCAUGAGAAAUAUUCCUUCUCUUCUGCUUCUUCCACUUGCUGCUAUCGCUGCCCAUUUUAUUAACAAGCAUUUGUACUCUCAGAGGGAGGAAGGCAAGGGAGAUUCGGUGUCAGAGGCACUGGUUCAUUACCCUUAUUCUCUGGUCCAGUGUCCCAGCAUCUCUCUGUCUGUGUCUGGCUUCUGAUCAACUCCUCCCAGUCUCCUGUCCCCUGUCCUUCCAGGGGUCAAUGUUUUAGAUCCCAUAUAUCCGUGGGCUCAGAGGGCAGUCCGUGUCAAUCCUAUAUGUUGUGGGAGGAAGGUUGGGGUUGGGACCGAGCUUAUUAAUAAGUAUUGAACCAUCGGCUUUAAGAAGCCACUGAAUAUAAAUGGGUUAACCCAAUAAAUUUAACUUCUUCUUCCUAAAACAUCUUAAUCAAGUGUUCUUGGUCGGCAGGUAUCUUUUCCCCCAUCUUAAGGCUCCACUCAGCCCUGUGGUUCAUGUUUUAACUGCAUCAGAUUUCCCCGGAGAGCUUGUUAAAAUGCAGAUCGCUGGUUCCACUCCUAGAGUUUGUAGUCCUGUAGGUGUGGGGUGGGGCCUGAGAACCACAUCUCUAACAAGUUCCAGGCACUGCCUCUGCUGCUCUGGAGAACGCUGCUGUCAUUAACAGGAGGAGAGAAGGCAGCCUCCUCUUGACUGCCUUGACAUGUAAGUGACACACAUCACUUCUACUCACCUGCUAGUCAUGGGAACUCAUUAUGUGGACCCCCUUAGAUACCAGGCAGGGGAAUGUGGUCCCUGGAGCUGGACCCCUCCCCUCAUCCCCCAACUAGACAAGAGAAGGUGGAAUCUUAGUGGUCAGGUCCCAAUCUCUGUCACACCCAGCGGAUGCAGAGACCAUAUCCUUCUGGGAAAAUGCUCUGUGAAGGCCCAAGGCCCGGUAUACGCCAUCAUCUCUUUCAAGACCAUUCCCUUGAUGGUCUGUGGAAGAGGAGGCAUGUAUUUCCUUCUCACGACUUCCCCAAGAGUCCUUGUUCCAGUCAUAGGUCCAGCUCAAAUGCCACUUCCCUAAAGAUGCCUUCCCGGGUUGCCUAGCCUUAAUGUUCCUUUCUUGUGCUUUCUGUAUCUUUUCAGACUCUCAAAUCAAUAUAAAUUGUCAGCCUUUCGAAUGCGCCGAGCCCGGGGAGGGGACCAAGGGUGCGGUCAGAGGCUGGGCGACCAGGUGGCCUCACAGGUCCUGGCAAUUCGGGCGGGCCUUCACUACCCAGACUGGGGGGGACGCUGUCACCAGCUUAAAGCAAUUGGGAAUGUUUUCAUGGGCUUGGCCACCCGGGGGGCAAUCACAGAUCAGGGGCUCCGAGGUCAUUUUCGAGGAAGAGGCACGAGGUGUGCCAGCGCAGAUGCCGGAAACGCGCCCGCGGGCGUCGGGGAAGGCUUGGCGCGUUGUCACGUGCUGGGGGCCCCAUCACGUGACCGGACCCCCGUCACGUGCUGGGGGCGCCCUCGUGCGUCAGGGGCGCCCUCACGUGUCGGGACUCGCGGCGCCGCGUGCCUGGGCCUGCAGGUGGCACCUCCCGGGCCUCAUGGCCGCCUCGCCGCCGCUCAGCUGCGCUGGAGCCUCGGGGCCCUGGGGCCUGAGCCGCCGCCUCCUCCUGCUGCUGCUGCUGCCGCCGCUGCUGAACUCGGGUUAUAAAGAAAACAAUUCCAUACCAGGUGGGGAGGGUGAGCCCCUGCGCCAGGAAAACCUCAGCUCCUGGGAGGUUUGUGGCAGACCCUGGUGGUCGGAAGAUUUGGACAUGACCCGACAUUGGCCCUGGGAGGUGAGCCUCCGGCUGGAAAAUGAACACAUAUGUGGAGGGGCCCUCAUUGAUCUCAGCUGGGUGGUGACUGCUGCCCACUGCAUCCAAGGCACCAAAGAGUACUCCGUGAUUCUCGGCACCCCCAAGCUGAAGCCCGUGGACUUCCCGAAGGGCGUCUCGAUCCCCGUGAAGGACAUCAUCAUGCACCCCAAGUACUGGGGCCGGACCUUCAUCACGGGUGACAUUGCCCUUCUCCAGCUCCAGACUCCGGCCAUCUUCGGCGAGUACGUGCAGCCCAUCUGCCUCCCAGAGGCCAGCUACAACCUGAAGGUUGGGACGCAGUGCUGGGUGACUGGCUGGGGCCAGCCAACUCCACGCUGACCCCAGAGCUGCGGGAAGCUGAGGUGUUUAUCAUGGACAACAAGAGGUGCAACCGGAUUUACCGCAAGAAGUCCCUCAUCCCCCCCCUUGUCCCCCUUGUCCUGGGGAACAUGAUCUGUGCCACCAAUUAUGGAGAAAACUU